GCUAAUUUGUAGGGCAACCCCAGCGACCUACUUAGCUGGAAGUGAAAUGGCGCAUGAUGGUUUAAAAUCUUAAUACUUUUCUUAGCAGUUUGUUGACAUAAGACGUGGUAGAUAGUUGGUAAAAGGAACAUUUCAAAUUAUUUAUUACCCAUUACCAAAGUUUCUUCCGUCGGUGCUAACAAAAUGCGUGAAAUAGUUUCUGUCCAUAUUGGACAAGCUGGCGUUCAGGUAGGCAAUGCCUGCUGGGAACUGUACUGUCUUGAGCAUGGGAUUGACCCCUCUGGCUUCAUGCCAUAUCAGCUCACUAGAAAUGCAGAUGACUCUUUCUGCACAUUCUUUGAGGAGACAGGAGCAGGGAAGCAUGUACCCAGGGCCACUUUUGUAGAUUUGGAGCCAACUUGUAUAGAUGAAAUAAGGACUGGUGUAUAUAGAACAUUGUUUCACCCCAGCAAUCUGAUCUCUGGUAAAGAAGAUGCUGCCAACAACUACGCCAGGGGAUUCUACACAAAAGGUGCUGAGAUGGUGGACCUUGCUCUUGACACAAUACGAAGACAUGCUGAACAAUGUUCCGGUCUCCAAGGCUUCUUCCUGUUUCACAGCUUUGGUGGGGGGACGGGCUCUGGAUUCUGCUCCCUGCUCAUGUCUCGAAUGAGAAGUGACUACAACAAAAAAUCUAUCAUGGAGUUUGCCAUUUACCCAGCUCCUAAUAUCUCUACUGCUGUUGUUGAACCAUACAAUGCUAUCCUAAACACCCACGCCUCGCUGGAAGUUUCUGACUGCUGUUUUAUAUUUGACAACGAAGCUUGCUAUGACAUUUGCAGACGUAGUUUAGACAUUGAAAGACCUACCUACACAAAUUUAAAUAGACUUAUAGCUCAGGUUGUUAGUGGCAUUACAACAUCACUAAGAUUUGAAGGAUCUCUAAACACGACGCUCUCUGAAUGGCAAACAAAUUUAGUACCCUAUCCCAGAAUUCACUUUCCUCUAGUCACCUAUGCUCCAUUCAUCUCUGCGGAAAAAGCUUACCACGAACAACUGACCGUUGGACAAUUGACAUCUGCGUGCUUUGAGCCAGCCAAUCAGAUGGUUAAGUGCAAUCCCACUCAUGGAUUGUACAUGGCCUGUACCAUCCUGUACAGGGGAGAUAUUGUACCAGGGGAUGUCAACACUGCCAUAUCAAGCAUUAAGUCUAAAAGAUCCAUCAAGUUUGUGGACUGGUGCCCUACAGGUUUUAAGGUUGCCAUAAAUUUCCAACCACCCACAACAGUACCUGGAGGGGACCUCGCCGCUGUUUUAAGAGCUGCCGUAAUGCUCAGCAACUCAACUGCCAUAGCUGAGGCCUGGGCUAUACUAGAUCACAAGUUUGACCUCAUGUACGCUAAGAGAGCUUUUGUACACUGGUAUGUAGGGGAGGGCAUGGAUGAGUCAGAGUUCAUGGAUGCCCGUAUUGAUUUGGCUGCCUUGGAGAAGGAUUAUUAUGAAGUUGGAAUGCCUACACGUUAAAACUAAUCCUGGAAUUUAUAUACAGCCCACCAAACAAAAUUAUUAAGUUAUACUGACAUUAAUAUUUCAUCAGCCAUCCUCAAGCUGAUACAUUCAGUUGGAAUUUAUCCACUGGAUGCAAGUAGCUACUUUCUGAUACAACCAAAACUGAUGAAUGAGUUACAUCCUUGUGCUAUCAUUAACUUAUGUUGCUUUUGAUUGUAACAGUUUGAAUUUUGAUGUACAAUACCUUUCUGUGACAGUCUACGUAUGUUAUCUAAUCCAGUAUCAAAUUAUUUUUGUAAUUAACUCCUGUUAUAACUUUUUCCAACAGUAUUUGUCUUUUUUAAAAGCUCACUUAAAGAAAAUUAGUUAAAGUUUUUGACCACACUUACAGCAAGUUACUGUUUAACGUUAAGAUCCACUUGAAGUUAAAAUUUGUCACAAACUUGUAGUAGUUAAAUUUUGUCACAACCACACUUUGCAAUGUAUGUAAACAUGUACAAACCAUUUACCUCUAGCCAGUACCCAUAGCCAAGUAACAGCAAAUUGCAUUCAGCCAGAGACCAAAUAAACUUUAUGCGCCAGU